GGCCGUGGUGCCACCAGAGGUGACAGCUGUGCUCUGGCUCUGCCACCUGCGCUGGCACCGAUGGCUUUGCUGGGGCUGCUCGUCCUGCUGGCCCUGGCCGGGCCCGCGGGGGCCACCUGGGACACCUGCAGAGGCACCUGCGGGCUCUGGCCCAUGGUUUUGAACGAGACCUCGGCCAUUCCUGAGUACGGAUCCUCGCGUUCUGCCAAGAGCCCAACCCUCGAAGUCAACCCGGGGGCCUGGCCUGGCAUCGCCAGCAUCCAGGUCACCUGGGACAACGGCACGUGGCACAUGUGCUCCGGGGCACUGAUCAGCCACCGCUGGGUCCUCACGGCCGCCAGCUGCUUCAUCGGGGCUGGGGAUGUCCUCAAGUGGAAGGUGGUGGUCGGGGCCACAGACCUGGCCCAGCCGGGCGCCGCGGCCGAGGUGUUCCAGAUCAAGCAGGUCCUGAAGCACCAGAACUACGACGAGGCCACGGCCAUGAACAACAUCGCCCUGCUGGAGCUGGAGCAGCCCGUGGAGUGCAGCGACUACGUCCAGCUGGGCUGCGUGCCCGACAGCUCCCUGGCAGUGCCCGAGCUGAAAACCUGCUACGUGGCGGGCUGGAGAGCCACCCCGGACAGCGCCCCCAGCCCACGCCUGGUGCUGCAGGAGGCCAAGGUGCGGCUCAUCGACGUCCAGCUGUGCAACAGCAGCCGCUGGUACGGGGGGGCCGUGCACCCCCAGGACCUGUGCGCGGGGUACCCGCGGGGCGGCAUCGACACCUGCCAGGGGGACAUCGGGGGUCCCCUGGUCUGCAAGGACAACGUUAAGGAGAACUUCUGGCUGGUGGGCCUGGCCAGCUGGGGCAAGGGCUGUGCCAGGGCCAGGAGGCCUGGCAUCUUCACCUCCACCCAGCACUUCCACUCCUGGAUCAGCGCCCACGCCGGCCCCAGCCCCACAGGGCCGGCACCAGUACCAAAGGCCACCCUGAACUCGCCAGAGCCACCAGAACUGCAGCCACCACCACCAGAGCCAGAACCAGAGCCAGAACCAGAGCCAGAACCAGAACCGGAGCCAGAACCAGAACCGGAGCCAGAACCGGAACCGGAGCCAGAACCGGAGCCAGAACCGGAGCCAGAAUCGGUCAUGGACAUUUCCUUCCCAAAACAGACCCUGACUCGAUUCCUCAGGAAGCUGCAGGAGGUGCUGGAGCUCCUGAAGGACAGGACAGGGUGAGAGCGGGGGCAGCAGAUCCCUUCUGGCUGCAGAGGAUGGCAGCAGCCCCGCUGGGGCCGUGCCGGGGCCAGCUCAGCCCGGGGCUGCUGUGCCCUGCCCACCCUGAGCCCACCCCACGGAUGCUCCCGUUGAUUUAAUCCUUGGAUUAAAGUUGUGUUGCCCCUGGUGCGGGUUUAGGGAUGGAAUUCUCCAGCGCGGUGAUGCUAAAACCAAACCCAUGCUCCUUCCACAAAAGGCAAAGACGAGGGGUUAAAAACAAUUUACUGCAAACAGCCAUGAGAUAAGGAAUCAAACAAUUAUUUGCAGCAAUAUUAAUUAGAAAAGGUGUAAGACAAAGCAGUGAUUUACAUGGAAAUCCUGUGGCAACACCUUACCACGUUUUAUCCUGGAAGUGAUGCCCUUGUCCACGAAGUGAGAGGGGACACUGCCAGUGUCACUGCCCUGGGGCCUGGACGUG